AGUUGACCAGCCAAAACAAGCCACCGUUUGUGCCAGUUGAGGCUGAGAGUAACGAGACAUUUGGUUAAUUGUCCACUUUUAUAGGGUGUGUGUGCCGCCAGGAGUGCUACAGAGACCCCUGAGAUCAUCAACUCUAAGAUGGAUUACACUAACACUUAAUUACAUGGAAUCUUCACUUCAUUAGCUGCAAUGUAUCAAGAGGUAAAGCAUCAUGGACAACACUGACCAACCCAGGGACUCCCAUUCAGCCACUGAGAUAGAAUCUGAAGAAAGAAUCAGUGGAGGUAAUAAGACUGUGUUCUCAGCCUUUCAUGCAGAACAAAAUGGCCGUGGUUCACCAAAAUCUGCUGGGGAAGAAAGUGGUGACAGGAUGUCAGAGUUAUCAGACAGUCUGUCUCCACAUGUGUCUCAAACCUCAGGGUCUCAUGCACCUCAAGAUGAAAGAUUCAUUACAAACCAGUCUGAACUGCCACAGGAUUUAAUGGAUGACGAUGGGGGUUCUAGUGAAUACAGUGAUGAGGAGGAUUUUGAAGAGGAUGGUGAAGGUGUGGGGGAAGAAGAAAUGGUAUCAGAAGAGGAUACUGAAGAUCUAGAAAAUAAAGAAAAGGCUGAAGAAGUAAUUGCUACAACUUUUAAGAGUAAUGAACAGGAUGGUGAAUCAAAGAAGUCUUCUUUAUCUCUGUAUUCUGGCAUGAGUGAUAUUAUCAGUGAAUCAGCGCGGAGUGGAUCAGACUUAUCCCCCACGUCGUGUUCCUCUACUCCGUCCCUGUCCCCCGGUAAGACUCCCCAGGGUGGAAUGUCUCGUCAGCAAACCCUCCCUUCAAGCCUAAUACAUAAGAGUGGGGGAGGUGGCCUCCUAGUUCACCAUCCUGUCACCCCUAAGAAACGGGUCAUCACCAAGACCAAGACAGAUCAUCUGAGUGAUGAACUUAACUUGGGAUACAGAAUUAUGGUUGAGCUGAUGUCAGAUUACCAAAAAGGAAGCAAUGCUCCAUUUAUGGAUCCUAUUGAGAUAGAACCAACCAAAAAUAAAGAUUAUAUGGAAGUUGUGAAGAAGCCAUUAUGGCUGAGGAAAAUCAAGGAGGACUUGCUAGCAGGACACUACCAGACUAUCACAGAGGUUAUCGGUGACCUCCGCAUCAUGCUAGAAAAUGCAUAUCGGUAUUAUGGACCUGUCAACGCGAUAUCUAAAAAGGGCUUGCGGCUUGAACACAUGAUGGAACAGAAGAUUGCUCUGCUUCCUAAGGAGGUUCGAGAACUGUGUACGCUGGAGAAAACAUCUGGCCAACCACCUGAAGACAUCACACAGAAACACAGAAACAAAACUGCCAAGAUCUCAGUCAAUGGGGACAACUUUUUCUCAUAUGUGUUAUAUCGCGUCCGUGGGUGCAGAGUUCAACGUGAAAAGGAUUUGAAGAAGAGAAGAAUGGAGGCCAUGAGACAGGCCAAGAGAGAUCGUGAGCAAGAAGUCGUAGAAUGGGAAAAGGACCUUAUGAAGGAGCCAAUUUAUACCCAUAUGAGAGCAAUGUGGGAGCUUCCCCAGAUAGGUCACUUCAUCGUCUUAACACUCAAGACUCUCAACAUUUAUGAAGUACCACAGUAUGAAUUAGAGCGCAUGUUGUUAAUGCCUCGAGCAUCUCGCACCCUGGCAAUGCUCCUCACUUCACUUCUGUCAUCACCUCAGCAGAGGCAGAAGUUAAAUGAAAAACCUUAUAUGCCCUAUAAGGUCUGGGCUCGAAAACUAGCUCACAAGACUCUUCUGUGGUAUAGGUGCUAUUACAGGGAAAAUCGUGAUCCACAGAAGGUUUUUGACCAAAUGGGUAUUGAACCUGAAUUUUGGCGGGUGUGUGGGCCUACAAAUCCAUUUGAUCGCCAACUUUUCCAUGAAAUGACAUAUCAUCAGCGUGUGUGGCUACUUAAGUCUCUCUGUGACUUUCUCUUGCACAACCACAAAACUGUGCAAGAAGUCAUCGCAGAGCAGACAGAGGCAGACCAAAGGGAAUAUCACCUUGGCCAUGACCGUGACAGUAAUGACUAUCUUCAUUUCCCACAAUUUUGUGGUCAGGACCUUAGGAUCUAUAGACGGGCACGAGUACCAUCUCCAGAAAUUACACUUCAAGUGGAAGAAACUGUUGAGGGAAGUGUUCUGCCUUUGGAUAAAAUCAAAGAACAUAGAAAAAUGAUGAGAAAAUUCAGACAUAAAUACGAAGAAGAAGCAGAAUGGGAAGGUUCGAGAGGGAAAAAAAGAAAAAGAAAAAGAGGCAGAGGUCGAGGUCGAGCAGUAAACCCUGAAGAAGAAGUGGGUCUGAACAGCCGCAGUAGACCUGGAAACUUAAGACAGCGUCCAAGAGCCAGAUAUAACGACCAGUUUGAGGACUUAGGUUUGUCCUCAGAUGAGGAACCUAAAAUAAAAUCAAAAGGGAAAAGAUCCUGGGUGUCAGUGAUUGAUUCUUCUAGUGAAUGUGAAUCAGAGAGAGCGAAUGAAAGACCUUCCAGUGCAGCAGCAGGUGAUCCUGAGGAGGAUGAGGGAAUGGGUGAUAAUAGUCCUGCACCGUCACAGCAAGAGGGUCUCACUAGAGCACAACAGAAGAAUCCUAGAACAAAACGAGGAGGGAAAAAGAAACCAACCUGUGAGCUUUGUGGCAAAACAUUCCAGAAUAUUGCAGCUCUGAAGGGACAUCGAGCAGUUCACACUAAGGAAAAGCAAAGGUUGGCACUCAGUGCAGAUGACAUUCCAGUGUCAAACAAAAGAUCAAAAUUAGAUGAAAUUGGUAGAGAAAAUUUAGAAGAACAAACAGAUAAUGGUGCUGAUAGACUUAGUAGUGAGAGAGACACCUGUAUAGUAGAGAAUGGAGAGUGUGAACCUGAAGAAAAGAAGGAACUAAAAGCAGAUAGUGAUAGGAAGGUGAGUGAUCUGAUUAGUGAAUCUCUAAUGAAUGGGAGACUCAAAGAUGAAACUUUAGGAAACAGUGAUGAUAAAGAUGGUGUUAAAGUUUGUGGUGUUCCAAUUGUUAGUAAUAUUAAAAAUGAAACAGAAGAAAAAACUGUUAAAGAGGCACUAGAAGCUGGUGAAGAAAAUGUCAAGACAGAAAAACUUGAUAACAGUGAAGAUGAUAGUGUUAAGACAAGUGAAAAUCAAGAAUCUUUAUCAUGCAAUGGCUCGGGAGUGAAAAAGGAGGAAUUGGAAAUAAAAGAGGAAGAAUCAGAGCACAGUGAGGAUGAGUCCAAUCACAAGUCCCCUUCACCUCCUAAGGAACUUCCACCCAUACAUGAUUCCUCUCCUUAUCUACCUCGAGUAGAAAAUUUUGAACUGGUGGUAACGUCUGUUGAACAGUUGCGGGCAUUAAUACAAAAAUUUGGAGAUCUACCUGAGGGAUCUGGUGGAGAUGAGGAAAAUGGAAGUCCUAAGAAGUCAAAGGAGGAAGGAAAGAAACGUCCAUCAUGCGAAGUAAAGCUGCAUUAUGCACUUUGUAAUUUGUUGAGUGAAUUAAGCCCAUGGGAAUCCAAACUUCUGUCUGCCACCAAGAGGUUACGCACAAAGCUAAGACAUGAAUGGAAUGAUUACGAGAAAAGAGAUCCAGACUAUGUUGACCCAGCAGAAGAGGCAUGGAUGAGUGAUCCUGAGCCAGAGCCUGAGCCUCCCCCACCACCAGCCCAGGAGUCAUCAUCAUCAUCAUCUUCCAGUGAAGAGUCCCUUGAUGAAGAUGGAAACACAAAACGCAAACUGAGGAAGAGGCGUGUAAAGCGGCACGCAGCAUCUCAGUUAAUGGAAUCUGUUGCCCCCCCUGUGGAAACUACCAUAGUGGCAUCAGAGGAAAGUUCUGAAUCUUAUACGGUCACUUCUCGGGGACGUGUACGAAAAGUUAAAAAGAUGAUAAACUAUGAUGGCCUAGAUUUUGAAAAGCUUGCAAUCCAAGCAUCUGAAGAAGCUGAGCAGGAAAGGGUAAGGAAAAGGAGGAAAAGAGAGGAAGAAGAAAAGAAAAGAGAAGAACAGGAAGCUGAAGAGGAAAGUUUGAGCUCGCAGCCCUCUGGUGUGAGGCGUUAUCUUUUAUCUCACACUGGACAUGUCAUGGGUUAUAUUGAUAAUGAUGGUCAAGUUCAUUCAGGAAGUGUUGUUAAAGACCCUCGAACUGAGAAAGGUAAGGUUGACAUAUCCUCUGUUAGAAAUCUUGCUAGUCAGCUGGUAACUAAUGCCAAAAAGGAAGGUCCUCAGACACCACUAAGGACUGGUGUAAUGAUCCCAAAGAAGACCGUCCAAAAUUCUAAUAUGAAACCUGGUGUGCCCACUGUUGUUGUGGCUGCUAUCAACAGCCAAGGAUCUCCUGUGUAUUUCAAAGUUGUUGGGGAACAGGCCUUACAAUUAGUGAAAUAUAUGAGACCCAGUGUGAAGGGGCCUGUAUCUCAGAUUAAACUUCAACAUCAUGGACAAACUUACACUGUUAAUUCUAAUGCUCAUAUGAUAACUCACAACAUUCCUGGUCUGCCUGAUGGUGAAGCCACAGAAAAACCUACUUCCAGUGUUAGUCAGUCACCCACAACUGUAGCCACACCUACCUCAUCACUGGUUUCCACUAAGCCUUCAACAGGACUUGAGGGCCUAGCCACCAGUAACUCUCCCAGUGUGCCUCGGGUUGCCCCAAUAACUUCAGUGGUGAACAGUGUUUCAUCCCAGCCAAAUACUUUGGCUUUGGCAUACAGAGGAAUGACAAAGCCUACUAGGCCAAUGACUGUUAAUGCACCAGUUCGACCACGAAGUUCCAUAGUUCCCGGUGCUGUGAUUCAUCAAGAUGCUAAUCGUCAUUCAUCAGUGGCUCCCACUAGACUAGUUACAGCCUCUCCAUCAGUAGUAUCAUCAGUAAUGCCCCCAUCAGUAAAUGCAUCUUCAUCAUCAACUCAUAAUUUAAUAAAUGUAAACCAACCAGUAAAUAGACAACCAUCUGCCAGUAUCAUAGCUUCACCUAGACCACAGGUUACACCUGUAGUGAACAGGAUUUCUGUGUCCUCAAGUGGCACCUCGACAAAUAUUGGUGCCAUGCCACAGCAGUCUGGUACUCCAGUGAUGCAACAUCAUGUUAGCUCACAGCAACAGGUAAUAACAGCCCAAGCUCCAACAGCUGUAGCAGCAGCUCCCAGUCAACCUUUGGGUCAAACUGUAACAGCCACAACUAUAGCAGUUCCAGGUCCUGGGGGACAGCCACAGGUACAAUUAAAGCUGGAGUCUGAAUCUUUAGCUCAAUUGAUGCAGCGAACUGGAAGCAAAAUAGUGGCCUUGCCCAAUGGCAGAGGUGGAUAUACCUUGUCUCUCACACCAGGAGUAGUACAGCCUGGCCAAGUAGGACAAAAAAAUCAAACCCAUAUAACAGCCAAUGCAGCAGCUAAAGUUCAGGUUGUAUCAUGCAGUACUACUCCCUUGCUUCAAGAAAAUGUUCAGCCUCAAGCUGUGCAACAACCCCAAGUCAUUCAGCAGCAAAGUCAAGUCAUCUCACAAGGGGUGGCUGGUGUAGCAGCUGUAGGUCAACAGCAAUCAUCUGCUCAGCAGAUCGGAGUAAGGCAAGUGAUUCCAGUUACCCAGGCUCAUCCUCCUGGUACGAUUAUCAAGGAUGCAAAUGUAGGUACACAAGUUGUGGUCAGUGGACAGCAAGCCAUUUAUUCAAGGGUGGGUACUCAACAGCGAGUAUACAAUCAAUUAGUAACAUCUCCUCAAGGAACUAGAUGUGUCCCAAUUUCUACAACAAAUACAAUUGCAUCCCAACAGUCUAUAAAUAACAGUGUAAACACAAGUCAGUCAACUGGUGUUGUACAAAAAGUUAACACUGUAGCAUCUCAGUCUCCAAGCUAUCAAACUACCCAAGGUCAGCAGCAAUAUGUUGUACAGCAACGUGUAGUGGCAGCAGGUAACCAGGCAACCAUACCUCCCCAUUCUACCCAGACAGUGGUGCAGCAAGGUACUACAGCAUAUAAACCCGUGGUUUUGAAUCAGUCAGUCCAACAAGGCACUUCACAAGUAGUUCGAGUGGCUCAGGCACCUGUAAUUCAACAACAACAACAGCAGCAGCAGCAGCAAAUUGUGAGAUUACAGCCUGUAAGUGGAAAUCAUCCAACUGGCACCUCCCAGAAGCUUGUCCAAAUUGUGCAGUCUGGUGCAGGACGUCAGGUGGUACAAAUGGUGCAGCAGGUGGUUGCAAGUCAAGGACAACCAACAACAGGACAUCAAGGAUUGAUUUAUGUACAAGGAGGUGGCCAAGUGUUACAUCAGCACCAAAAAACUAAUUUGGGAACAGUUCACCACACACUGCAAGGAGCUACAGCUAUACAACAUAGUCAACCACAACAUUUAAGUGGACAACAAAAGCCAAUCGGACAACAACAAAUAGUAAGUCAACAGCAACCAGCAGUGCAGCAACAAAUAACUGGACAACCACAUCAACAACUGACUCAACAGCUUGUACAACAGCAGUUGGUGCAACAGAAACAACAGCAAGUAGCACAACAACAGAUAGCACAACCACAACAAAUUGUGCAGCAUCAGCAGCAACAAAUUGUUCAGCAGCAACAAGUAGUUCAACAACAGAUAGUACAACAGCAGCAAGUGCAACAGCAACAUCAAGUGCAACAUCAACAGCAACAAGUGCAACAGCAACAACAACAACAAAUUGUUACUCAGCAACAACAGACAGUAGUUCAACAGCAACAGACAGUGGUUCAACAGCAACAACCAGUGGUUCAACAGCAACAACCAGUGGUUCAACAGCAACAAACAGUGGUUCAACAGCAACAACCAAUGGUUCAACAGCAACAGACAGUGGUUCAACAGCAACAACCAGUGGUUCAACAGCAACAAACAGUUGUUCAACAGCAACAACCAGUGGUUCAACAGCAACAACCAGUGGUUCAACAGCAACAAACAGUUGUUCAACAGCAGGGUCGAUUGGUACUGGUGAGAACAACUCAGGGAGAACAGAUGGGGUUACAAUUACCAGAUGGACGUGUAUCACUGCUCACUCAGGAGCAGCUUCAAGCAGCACUCAGAAAUGGUUCUAUCAAAAUUACCCAACAGACUUAAACUUAAGACUCUUAUUCCCAUCACUGAUGACUAAACAAUGGGAUACACUCGACCAUCAAGAUGAUGAGUUUUUACAAGGGAGCAAGCAGUAAAUUUGUUCUUCCAUUUAGGGGGAGAGAGAUGUGAAUUACAAACAAACUAUAACUUAGACAUACAGUACAGUAUUAUAGCCACAAUUAUGGACUGGUGUGUCACUGACCCUUGUAUUAAUGAAUACCUGUACUGUAUGCCCUCAAAUUAAUUUGUACAUUUUGUUGAUAUUGUAUUUCAAGUUUUCGGUCUUUUUUAUACAAUUUGUAUAUAUACCUUAAUUCACUACUGUAAAAAUUAUUGCUAUCAGAUUUCAUAUACAGUAGAACUGUGAUAGCAGGAAAGAUGUGAACUUGCUUGUGUUAGGAUUUGCCAGCUGUUAAUAGAAAAAAUUAAUUAAAAUCAGAGAAAACAAGGUUCUAGGCCAGUGAUACUUAACGAACCUUAAAAAAUAAUAUAUAAUUUGAUUAUGGGGUGUAAUGACAAUAGGCAACCAUAAGUAGUUACAUAAAUGUGUAAAUAGUUAUGCAGCAAAAUUUGAAAUGCCUAUACUGUAUUGUACUGUGUAAGUAGGUAACAAUAAGUUUUGAGAUUUGUAAAUUCGAGGCAAGUAAUGAAUUGCCUAAUUGUGUAACUUAUUAUGAAAGAAAGUAAAUUAUAUCUUGUACAAAUUAUGAAAUAAAUUUUCCAACAAAAA